CCCAGUGCAGUCAGUCCCUUGUUGCUCCGACAACCAAUCCCUCUUCCCUUGAAUUCUUAUUGGUCAGCCGCUGCUAGCCCGAAAAUAAUGGGAACGUCCCGAACUCGACAUGGGAAUCAACGGAUCCUUCCAACGUACAAGUUGCUAGUGACGCGCCGCAUAAACUAAUUUCUUCUCCAUUCGCAAUCUUUCAGAUCAUGGGCACCAUCGACACGUAAAACAGUGUUUAGUCGACCACAACAAUCGCUUUUUCCUUAUUUUGGCGAAAGGUGCUCAGUCGCCGAGACGUGGAGGUCGCGCAAUUCAGCCCCAUUUGCCCCAUUGCUAGCAAUUGCAAAAACAAUCACCAGUUCCGACCGCCCAAAUGAACAUGCCAACUGCCUCGCCCACGCCCUUGGGCACUUCCGGAACCAGUUUGUCACGAAGACCUUCCCAGAGACAAGGCCUCCGAAGGUUGCCGUCGCGCCCACAGCUCAACCGAAGCGAAUCCAAUCCCGUACACGCGACCGCCGUUGCGCCCGCGCUCUCGAGGAAGGCGGACUCGCAGCAGUACGCCAUGCACGACAGCUCCGAUGACGAGAUACCUGUGCCGAUGAAGCUGAGUGCUCUCACCAAGGCUUUGCUCAACGAUGGCGGCGCCCCUGAGCCUCAGCGCGCCCCUUCACCGCCGCGAACACGUCGUCGCAUCAGUAACCUUGCCGCGUCUACAACUUCCGCGACGGAAGAAAGAAGGUCUCUUCGGUCCGGAAGUGUUCAGGCGUAUGACAACAAGUCUUCAAAGCCCACGUCACCCUUGAGAAGCAGAGAAAACAGUCCUGUGCGCAAGCGUGUUGUCAGACUCAGCAACACACCCAAGAGCCUUGGCCAGAUGCACCCCACCAAGAGAAGAUCUACCUCGCUGUCGCGAUCUACCAACCAACGUCCUCCGUCCAGAAGUCGGCCAGAAAGCCGGGACCAAUCGUCGGACGAGAAGCAGGAACCACGCCAGGAUGUCAAUACUCCCGCCCAGGGAGUUCGUAUUGUUCGCAUUGCAGCUGGCUCGUCCGGCAACAGAAGUCGUCUCACCAACUCGUCCACCCAUUCCAGACGCUCAGGAUCUCAUUUGGAGCAGGAGUAUUCUGAAGAACCGGUGACUGCAGCACGCCAUGGCUCUGGUAUCAACCCCGGCAGCGUAUCCCGCCAUACCAAUGUCGGAAGAAACAUGAAGCCUGAGGACAAUCUGGCCUUGCAAGGCUCCAUGCGCGUCAAGCGAGUCGGCAAAAUUCCUGGCAGUUUCUUGAGUGGACCUGCUCGCCGUGGUCGCAGGAGGCAAAGCGAAGAAGAAGCGGAGGCGAACGGCGAAGGCAUGGUUUCUAGCCAGGAUCAUGACGGUCAGGGCCCAGACAUGGAGAGCGACCUUGCACCGUCCUUUUACGGCAACGGAAGACAAAUGUCGUCUGGCAGCCCCGUAGCCUUUGGCGAUCUUUCAAGAGUAAACAGUCGAAGAUCAGCAUACGAGGCCGAGCCAGCACCACCCCUUGCACGUCCGUCUCCCAAGCAGCGAGACGAGCCAGAAGAGAUUCACUACAAACUACCUGCCCCCCGCCCGCAGGUGCCGUCUUCGCAUGAUCAAGAGAACGAGAUGCCCUCUAUACUCCGAAGCUCCAAGCCCGUCGUCAGCAUACUCGCCGAAAGGGACACCGAGAAAGCCUCCAAGCGUCACACAAGCACUGACGCUGCAUACCAUCGACCUGCUGCAUCUCCCGAACGGAAACCUCUGUCCUCUCUGCCAAACAACACUCCGCGCCGGCCUGCUCCCCCUCCUCCACCGAAAAUGUCGGUUCUGGAUGCCGCGACCACCUCGGCUGGCGCAGCCACGACCUCGCAGGGGAAACAAAGGCGAAACAUCCUUCGUGUCAACGGAAAGUCCUACACUAGGCUCGACUGUCUGGGCCGAGGUGGUAGCGCUAAGGUCUACCGCGUUACUGCCGAAAACGGAGCGAUGUUCGCCCUCAAGAGGGUGUCGCUGGAGAAUGCCGACGAAUCGACCGUCAGGGGGUAUCGUGGCGAGAUUGACCUGUUAAGCAAGCUGACAGGCAAUGACCGGGUCAUCAAUCUCUUUGACUACGAGAUGAACGACGAGAAGAAGAUGCUGACAUUGCUUAUGGAGAUGGGCGAGUUGGAUCUCAACACCCUCCUGAGAAGCCGUCAAAACCCUGAGGCAGCCAAAUUCGAUUCUGUUUUUGUCCGCUUCUAUUGGAAAGAGAUGCUUGAAUGCCUUCAAUCUGUCCACCAAUUCGAUAUCGUCCAUUCCGACCUCAAACCGGCCAACUUUGUCCUCGUAAAAGGCCGUUUGAAGCUCAUCGACUUUGGCAUUGCCAACGCUAUUCAAACAGAUGAGACAGUUAACGUUCAUCGCGAAACGCAAAUUGGCACACCGAACUACAUGUCCCCCGAAUCGCUCAUGGACUUUAAUGCACCCCGAGGCGGUCGCGUUCCCGGAAGGCCCAAGCUGAUGAAAGUCGGAAAGCCAAGCGACGUUUGGUCUCUUGGGUGUAUUCUCUACCAACUCGUAUACGGCACCCCUCCUUUUGGCCACAUCGCUAACCAGAUGGCCCGAUGUCAAGCCAUUAUAAACUGGGACCACCACAUUGACUUUCCGUCUAGGGGCAUGGGCGGCGUCCUUGUUCCUCCAUCACUCGUGCGAACCUUGAGGCGGUGCCUGAACCGUGAGGUGCACAUGCGGCCGACUUGCGAGGAGCUCCUUCAUGAGACCGACCCUUUCCUCUAUCCUAAUGAGAUGAGCGAAAAGGCACUCCCGAUCGACGAAGAGCUCCUGGGUAGAAUCAUCCAGAGCGUCGUUACGAGAUGCCGAGAACGCAUGCCGACCGAGACGGAGGCCAUGUCGGUUUGGCCAUCGGCUUACUGGUCCAGUGUGAAAAAGGCAACAAACUCGAAUAGAUGAUGAGAAUAGGCAUUUGAUCUUGGAAGCUGGAGGGAAAAGGCGUCAUGGCAUUCUCACUUGGGUCUAAUGAUUAUGGGGAAUAUCAUAGCUUGGAGUUUCUUGGAUGGGUUGGUCUUGAUUCUGGUUCAGCCUUGGUGUGGCACCUUUUUUCCCUUUCUUUUCGUCUUUCACUUGUUCUCGAUAUCACUCUGCUUUCCUCGGCCUGUGGGUCGGGUUGUGCGCGCUUUUGGAACCGCUGUCAUUUACACGGCGACUGAAUAAAUUCCAACGUCAAUCACCCAGCUUCAAACGGUUCCAACGACUCAACGCUCGACUCCUUUCAAAACGUUAAACGUGUUUUGCAUUUGCCUCUAUUGAUACAGCCC